AUGGGACUCUUCAGCAAAGACAAAUCAUCCCCAGACUCAACAGAGAAAAAGUCUCUCUAUCGUCGCUACAAAGAUAGUAAAGCGCCUGUGCCCCUCAGCGACGAGGACAUCCAAAAAUACACCGGCAAAUCUCGAGAGGAGCUUAAAACAUGGGCUGAUUCAACGCCUGGCGUCGGCAAAAACCAACUCGCUGGCAAGGCGACGGUCGGCGAUGUCAGCGGAUUCGGUGGUAUGGCCAUGGGUGAUGGAUAUGGAGGUUGGGGACCUAGUGCUGAGCCGACUGAUAAGAAUAGAGGCAUGAAGUUUCCUCCAAAGCAGGAUGACGGCGUGGAGAGGGAGGUCAUUGAAGUGAUGGCAAAGAAGUAA